GUGUAUCGAUAUUUUUAGUGACAUCAACAUGUUUGAAAUCAAAUUUACAACUGAAAAGUCAUAAAACGCGCUGAAUAUUUUAAGUUGUGAAUUUUUGUUUGUAGUAAUUUUAUGUAUACAAGUGUUCUUAUUAUUAAGUUUCUAUAUAUUGCUAGUAAAGGAACUAACGGGAGAAAAUUAGUAAGAUGGCUGACUUUGAAAAGGAAAAUUUGGAACUACAAAGGCUAAUGGCAGAAAAUGUUAAUGAUCUCGCUUCAAUAUGGACAGAGAUGUUUGAUGAAGAAAUGUGCUUAUUUAAUUUUAAGAAACUAAAGGAACAUGUGAAGACAUUUUUUACAGAAUUGAAAGAAGAGUCUUUACAAAGACGUGGACUCAUAGAAAAUGAAAUAGAAGAGUUAAACAAAGAAGCCGAUAUGCUUUGUCGCUUAUUAAAAACAAAUGUGGAGUUACCAAGAAUUGAAGAUCGAAAUGUACCAUUGCUCGUUCUUCAGUCCAAAAUGGAUAAAAGUUUAACCGAUUUGCGAGAACAGUUACGGCGGCGCCGUGAGGAAAUUUGCGAGCUUUUACUUGAGCAGGAAGGCCUAUGUGAGGAGUUGGGCGAAGCUCCUCGCCCUCUUUUAGCUGAUCCUUUACCUUCAGAAGAGGAAAUUUUAGAAUUUCGUAGUCACUUAGACCAACUAAAGAUGGAGCGAAUGGAACGCUUAAACGAGAUGUCAGUAUUACGACGGGAGAUAAAAAAUUAUUUAAAUAUAUUAGAGACACAAGUAAAUACAGACACGGAAGACAGACUAUUGAAUCACAGACAAAUUAAACUGAAUGAAGAGACUUUUAAAGCACUUAGGCGUAUGCAAGAAUUAUAUGGAGCGCGUGUACAAGCUUUGUCAGAUCGCAUAGAUAGUAUGCGUAAGAAAUUAGAUUCACUGUGGGGGCGAUUAAAAACGUCUCCUAAUACGCGCAAUAAAUUUAAACGUCAUACAGAAUAUAACCACCAAACAUAUAAUACACUUAAAGAAGAACUACAUCGAUGCGAAUCUUUACAAAGUCAGAAUAUAAAAGAAUGUCUCCAACAAAUACGUACAGAAAUAGUAGAAUGGUGGGAUAAAACUCUAAAAUCUGAAACGGAGAGAAAUCGUUUUUCCAACUUUCACAAUAAUUGCUAUACAGAAGAUCUAUUAGUAUUACAUGAAAUUGAGUUGGAGGAUUUAAAAAGAUUUUAUGAAAAUAACCAUCAGAUAUUUGAACUUUACAAUAAUAGAAGAUUAUUAUGGGACCGAAUGAUUGCUCUCGAGGUUAAAGCUUCAGAUCCCGGACGUUAUAACAACCGUGGGGGCCAAUUACUCAAAGAAGAAAAAGAACGGAAAACAAUUGCUACAAAGUUACCGAAAAUUGAGCAACAAAUUCGAGAAUUAGUUGUUGCUUUCGAAGAAAAAGAGCAUCAGGAAUUUCGUGUUUAUGGUGAAAAUAUUUUAGAGUUGAUGGAAAAGGAAUGGGAGAAAAAACGUCAAGAAAAAGAGAAAAUGAGCAGUGCACGGAAAAUAGCUCAAACUCCUCAUCCAAUUACUGGUCGAACACCCAUGUCAGGAAAAAACGGUUCAAUGGUUUCAAUGCGUAAAGCUACCUCUAAUACUAACUUAUCGACAUUACCGUCUGCGUCUGCCAACUCAGCGAAGAAACGAAAGCUGCUUCAAAAUGAAAGAAAUACACCAUUGGCUAAAAGAAGUUUGGUUUUUCCUCUUAACAGCCCAAUGGUUUUUUCUAAACCAACCGUAAAUGCACGAAAUACAGCUUUAUCUGCGGGAGUUAAGUUACCGACAAAACCUUCCUUCAAAUCACCAUUAAAGAAAUCGCGAGUUAUUGCAACCACAAUUCGUCGUAGAUCGGGACGUCAAAGUACUGGAAGCAAAAAACGUUCCUCCUUGAAUAAGAGUGUUAAAAAAAAGACUGUUGCGACACCGAAAAUUCGUAUCAAUGAUGGGUCAGAUUGGAAUACGGAUGAAGCUACAGAUGAUGCUUAUGAAUCCUUCCAGAAAAGCAUUGAUCCUGAUUCACGUUCAUCCAUAAUACACACGGCAUUUUCGCGUGCUGCAUCGACAUCGACUAUGUCGACUCGGUCCAAACGAAUGCAUCCAAGUGACAGUCCUGUUGUGCACUUGCCUAAUCCUCGCGCUGGAUUUCACCAUCCACUUACACCAUCAAAAAGAUCACCCGCAGCAAGCAGCCGAAAACUUACCACAAAAAAUUUGCCUAUUAUUAUUUAAAAUAUAAGAACUAAUUUUGUUAGACGUUAGAGAUUUAAGUUUCUUAUAUAUUUUAUUAAUUUUCGAUGUUAAUUCCCAGACAAUUUUGUAUUUUUUUUAUAUUUAAGAUUUUUAUGAAAUCAUCAAUAUUUCGAUUCUUGGACACUUGUUAUUGUAAUGAAGUUUUUGUCAUAAGGCUUUCGGUGAUUGGACAUAAAAGGGGCUACACAAUAAAAAUAUAUAUUUUUGAUUUUCAAAUAAAAGUUUACGCAAUCAAUGUUAAAUAUAUGAAUUUAUACGAAUGUAUAUUUAAAAAUAAA